UUGCACUUCCGCUUUAUUUUCGAUGAAAUAAAUUAUUUAUUUAUUUGUUUUUUUCUACAAAUUCAACAUGAUGUCGCGGGCUGUUCGAGCAGAAACGAGAAGCAGAGCAAAGGAAGAUAUCAAAAGAGUCAUAAAUGCAAUAGACAAAGUUCGCACCUGGGAGAAGAAAUGGAUCACAAUUGGUGAUACCACCAUGAGGAUAUUCAAAUGGGUUCCAGUUUCAAAUCCAGAUUCUAGUCAGCGAACAAAUUUCCGGGCUAUGAAGUUCAAGGGUGUUGGAAAGAAAGGAGUCUUCCGCAAAGGAGCUCGUGUUGCGAAGGAGGAGGGCUCUGAAAAGGCUGAAGAGAAAAACGGCGAAGGUAUGGCGCCAAAGUCCACUUCAAAAGUUUCGAUAGAGGACUGCAAUGAAGAUAGCAACUCUGUGGCCGACUCCAACUCGAUGAUCAGCUCUACCAAGCAGCCUCGUACAAUAGCUCCACAAACAUUCAAUGAAGACAGUAACUUGAACUCGCAAGAUUCAAACCUGUCGUCAGAGAACUACAGCAACUACGAGGACUCGAACAUGUCCUUCCCUGCCACUGUCUCCAACCACGGCUCAAAUGCUGAUGACACGAACGACGCUAACCCCGACAUGCGAUUAGCGAUGAGUUUGAUUGGUGAAGAACAAAAGAAGAAUAUGAACAGGGAUAGUCGAGAUUCUGGCCCACCUGUUCUUGAAAGAGAGAGUAGUGAACCACCAACAAAGAAAUCACGGACAGAGUCGUCAUCCAAAGAAAAUUCGAAUAGCUCGAGUUGAAGACAAAGUACCUAGAAUCUUAUUGUAUUCAUGGAGGACUUCCUUAGUCAUUAAUGAACUUUUGUAACUUAUUGUUUUUAACGAGCUGACCUGUUAAGGGAACAAACCACUUUUGUCCAUGUAAUACCAUGAUAGCCCCUGAUGGAGCAUAGUUGGAUUUCAGCUGACCUGGGAUUUGAUAAGAUGUCACUUUCAAGAAGUUCAAUAGAAUGGUGAAAUUAGCUAUUGUUCUUGAUUCUGUGGGUUCCUGAUUAUUAUGAAUACCGGGUAACUUAUGUUCAGUAUAACCACGUAACCUAAGUUUUAUUUGUUAUGUUAGUAAUUGUCUGGUUGUUGUGUUUUUCUUUGAAUCUCUUUCAGUUCUGAAUCUUUGUUUGUUUUUUGUCUUCAGGGAAAUUGGCUGUUAAUUGGGGGGUCUUAAUUAUCUUUUUUUUAACUGUAAGCAUAGAGUAGGCCCAUUCUUGCUUUGACAUUCAACAACUAAUACCCGGAACUGAAAUGAGUGGUUCUCCUUAAAAUGCAGUGGUUUUGAGCAUUUAUGAAUAUUGUCUUCUUUUUAAGAUGGUUAGGGCAUAUUCGAUAUAAAAAUUGUCUGUUCCUGUACCGGUAACCUAGUAUUUACAGACAACAGCUAAUAGGUGAUAUGAGGCAAUCAAAUGUCUCAUAUUCUUGGCUACAGCUUAUAUUGUGACAAGAAAAAUGUAAUAAAUGAAAAUAUU